GCUGCUCGAAGGUAAACGCAAACCGACGAAGCGGGAGGUUCUACGGACGUUAAUGGCUGUCUUUGAUCCGCUAGGACUGAUAUCGAACGUGCUCAUCUACCUGAAGGUUCUCUUCCAAGAAGUUUGGCGAGCUGGCAUCGGAUGGGAUGACGUGAUUCCGGAAAGUCUCAACGAAAAAUGGGAGAAAUGGUUGGAGAUUCUACCGAAGGUGCAGGACAUCAGCAUACCUCGCUGUUACCGUUCCUUGACGGAACUGAGUCCACACACGAACAUCCAAUUGCACACGUUUGUCGACGCAAGCCUGUCAGGCUACGCAGCGGUCGUUUAUCUACGUUUUGAGCAGGGCAGCACUGUGGAAUGUGCUAUCGUAGGUGCGAAGACUCGGGUGGCUCCCCUCAAGUUUGUGUCCAUACCGAGGUUGGAGUUACAGGCCGCGGUCAUCGGAGUCAGGUUGGCUGAUAGGAUUACGAAGUCCUUGUCGUUCAAGGUUCAUCAGCGGUUUUUCUGGAGCGACUCGCGUGACGUCCUGUGCUGGAUCCGGUCAGAUCAUCGGCGGUAUUCGCAAUUCGUUGCAUUCCGCAUCAGUGAAAUUCUGGAAACAACGAACAUAGCAGACUGGGGUUACAAGCGGUCGAAGGAAAAUGUUGCUGACGAUGCUACCAAGUGGCAGGGUAUGCCAAACCUCACCGAAGAUAGCCGGUGGUUCAAAGGACCCAGUUACUUGUGGGAACGUCAAGACCGCUGGCCAUCUAAUCCGUACCGUGAAGCUGGCACCGAUGAAGAACUCCGUGCAAAUCUCUUCUACCAUCAGGUGCAACCUCAACCAAUCAUCAACGUUCGCGAAUAUUCUUGUUGGGGGCGCCUGUUACGAGUCACAGCUACAAUAUUUAGAGCCGCACGCAACAUGCGCAGCAACGCGAACAACACAGAACGCAUCACUGGUCCGCUAUCAGCUGAGGAACUGAAGCAUGCAACUAACUAUCUGCUUCGACUUGCUCAGGCAGAAGCCUUUCCAGACGAGAUAAGUGUCCUUAGCGCGGGUGCUGCCAGCAAGGCGUUGCAAACGUCGAGUACGAUUUACGUACUGAACCCUUUCAUGGAUGAGCAGAAGGUACUUCGGAUGCAUGGCAGGAUCAACGCAUGCGAGAACGCUUCCAUGGACGCUAGGAAUCCAAUAAUUCUCCCGAAAGAUCAUCAUGUCACAUGGCUCAUAGUAAAGGAUCAUCAUGAGCGGUACCAUCAUCAAAACCACACUACCGUCGUGAACGAGUUGCGGCAAACAUUCCGGAUCCCGAAGAUCAGGCGGCUAUUUCAACGAGUAAGAGCAAGCUGUCAGGAAUGCAAAAACCUAAGGGCUGUCCCACGUCCACCUCCUAUGGGCGACCUUCCUGAAGCAAGACUGGCGGCAUUCACGCGGCCGUUUUCGUUCAUUGGCAUUGAUUAUUUCGGUCCUUUGUUGGUGGCAGUAGGGCGUAGAACUGAAAAGCGGUGGGGUGUGCUUAUAACAUGCAUGACUAUACGGGCGGUACAUAUUGAAAUUGCACAUUCGCUUAGUGCGAAUUCGUGCGUAAUGGCAUUGAGAAACUUUAUGGCACGGCGAGGCGUACCGAGAAAGAUCUAUAGUGAUCGAGGCACAAACUUUACGGCAGCAAGCAAGGAACUUGUGGUGGCGAAUGAGGAUCUUGAGGCGGCGCUCACGGAGAUGGACCAGGAGAUGUUAAUCAAGGAGAUAGUCAGUCCCGAGACGGAAUGGACAUUUCUUCCUCCAGCGUCUCCCCAUAUGGGAGGAGCCUGGGAAAGGCUAAUACAGUCGGUGAAGAAGAAUCUCUCAGCGAUGAAACCAGGGCGAAAUCCAACCGACGAAAGUCUCCGCAAUAUGCUGAUCGAAGUGGAAAAUAUCAUUAAUUCCCGUCCGCUUACGUACGUUCCGGUGGAGGAUCCAAGUGCUCCUGUAUUGACACCCAACCAUUUCCUGCUGGGUUCCUCCAGUGGUCUCAAACCAUCCACGGUGUUCGACGAUAGUGCAGUGGUUCUACGACGGUCAUGGUGUGCAUCACAGGUAGAGGCGAAUAUUUUUUGGAGACGAUGGGUACGAGACUACCUGCCGGACCUAACCAAGCGAACAAAGUGGUUCAACGAGGUCAAGCCGAUUGAAGUGAACGAUAUUGUGGUAGUAGUCGAUUCUGGAUUACCACGGAACUGUUGGCCUAAGGGAAGGGUCAUCUCAGUCAACAAGGGUAAAGACGCACAGGUGAGGUCAGCGGCGGUUCAGACCCAGACGGGCAUCUACGAGCGUCCGGCGACAAAGCUGGCCGUCCUUCAGGUUCGUCGCGAUGAGGAGGUAAACCAAGGUCUUGGCGUACCCUGGGGGGAGUGUGGCGACCCCUCGGUCGGCGCGCCUCACCACCUGGGUUAGAUCAACCGUGCAUUCACAUCGAAAUGAUUUUUAUCACCAGCUCGCGGUUGAUGACAACUGUCAAGUUGCUGACAACGAACGGGAGCAGUGUGGCGUGCGUUUUUGAGGUCAUUUUGGUCAAGUGCAAAUUUAUUACCCUACAAUCUCUUACAAACUACAAUUAUUAAAAGCUAAAAUAAUAGUGAACUGUAAUCUGAAUUAAAUUUACUUAUACUCUAAUAUCGACAGUUAAGUGUAACGCUACGGUAAACAGUAAAUUAUAACAUAACAUUGAGUUGAAAACUUACAGUUAAAAUCUCUUAAAGCUAACCUUAAAACUAGAGUAAAAAUCUCUUUGUGGAACCAUACAUCGUGGAAAUCGAACUGGGCUGCCGUAUACGCAAAAACACAUAUAGAGGACAGGAAAAUAGGAACAAAGGUCGUUUUACCAACAAUUGAAAACACUAAACGUAAGUAGCCACUGUGUACAAUGUUUGAAAAUUGCCUAAUUAGCUACACUAUUGUAGGAUUUUUUUAAUACACGCUAGU